AUGAUCCCAGCCAACCAACUCAUCGCCCAAGUCCGCAGUAAUCUCCCUCCCUCUGACCUCCAAGCCUUCUACGCUCAAUGGGCCUCCACCUACAACACUCACAUCGUCGCGCUCCAAAAUUGCGUUGCCCCAACGCUCAUCGCGCAAAUCGCCUGCCAAUAUCCCCACUAUUCCACCCUCCGCAUUCUCGAUGCCAGAUGUGGCACCGGGCUCGUGGGGCUUGCGCUUGCAGAGAGCGGUGCUACGUACAUUGAUGGCCUUGAUUUUUCGCCCGCCAUGCUCGCUCAAGCUCGUCUAACGGGUUGUUACCGCAAUCUGUUUGUAGGAGACUUGUUGCAGACCAUUGAGAUGCCGGAUGGAACGGAAUUUUCUCGGAUACUCAUUCCAAAUGGUCUCAUUAUUGCUACUAUUCUCGAGGAGGUGUGGGAAUCAGGGGGGUAUAAAGCUGAGAUUGAGAAAUUGGAGGCAGAAGGAAUACUGGAUGUUGUUAGUGUGGAGUUGAAUGAUUAUCGAAAGGGAUGUGAUAAAGCGCAUAUGAUUGUCUCGAAGAAGAAAGAGAUCAAUUGA